GCCACUUGGCCUCCGAGUGGCCAACCAUUUGCGACGGCCGAGGCCCCAUUGCUCCUCGGACUCUGGACCAUGGGUCGUACUCUGGACGAUGCAUGAGCUGCUCCAGAAUGCUCGGAGUGCUGUGUUUUUUUAUUUCCUCGGAAUCCGUCGAGUGUCUGGUCGUCGGAUGCUCUGCCGAGCAGCCGAGGAAUUGUGCCUUCACGAGCUUUUGGUGCAGAGAAUGCCAUCGCUGCAGGUUAGGGCCCAAGUUAGAAGUGCUGAAAUGCGGGAUGUCGAAGAGGUAGUGGCCCGUUUUGGUUAGAGAUUCGCGGCAGGCAAUCUGUCGGAGGAAUCAGUCCGUGAGGGCGGGAGAGCCACUGAAUUCGCCGUGCUGGUUGAGAUAUUCGAGGAGAGUCCUGGUGCGGAAGGUGUGCGGAGGGUUUGGGGCGUUUGCCAUGGCAUCCAGGCUGAGGGUUGCGCUUUUCGAGUGCGAGAGGCUCGAGGAGCAUUUGGCACCGUCAGUGUUCAAGCGCACGGGCGGGUAUGCGACCCUGCUUCAACGCGCUUUCGAUCAUUUUUCCACGUCCUCGGAGUCUUCAUCGCUCCCAUCCAUUGAGCUGAAAGCCUUCGAUGUGAAGGCAGAGCAGUACCCGGCAGAUGUGCAGCAGUUUGCCGGGGUGCUAAUUUCUGGUUCAUUGAGUGGCGUGUAUGAUAAGGAGCCAUGGAUCUCUCGAUUGCUGCAAGAGAUAGAAAUUCUGGAUCGGAUGAAAGUGAAGACUUGCGGGAUCAGUUUCGGUCAUCAGGCCAUCGUUCAAGCUCUAGGUGGACAAGUGGGCAAAAACCCUAAGGGAUCCGAAGUAUCUGUCCGAACAGCGACCUUAACAAAAGCUGCACAGCAAUUGUUCGGCACUGAACGCCAAGAUUUCCGUCUGCAUUACCACCACAAUGAUGCAAUAUUACGCCUGCCUGAUAAGUUCUGGCCUCUGGCUUCCAAUAACGUCACGCAGCAUCAGUCGGUUUACAGGCCGUCGCAUUUUCUGACCUUCUGUGGACACCCUGACUACAGCCAUAAUGUUGAGGUGCUGGAAAGACUGCUGGAGUAUGAUAGAGAGAACUUGUGGGUUCAUGAGCAGCUUGUGGAGCACGGACUUGAAACAUUGCAGCAGCCGACUGACUAUCUGUGGGUUUUGAAGCAGAUCGUGCGGUUCUAUUCUGGUGCAUUAGAUCGUCAAAAGCCCACCAAUGUAUAAUCUUCCCUCUGUGGACAUAUUUUGUUGCCAAGUUGUCUUGACGGGGGCUCCGCGAGCUCAUCGUCAGGCUGCAGGAUUUGCUAAUGCUCUGUACCUGUGACGUGGAGUCUAUGGCUUCUGCACCGUUUCUCGCCCGAGACGCUACAGUCGUCGAAAUGAGAGGGAGGGAAUAAGUGCAUGGUGGUAAGAAUAGACGAGGUUUUGAUCGAAGAGCAUCUUCAUCACACAUUCUUCGCCUCUGCCAGCGAGUUAACUAAAGUGGCUGUUUCAUGGUUCCUCUGCGAGGAGGAAGAUCCUGACAGUUAUUUAAGUCACAAUUUAUCGAGGAAGCCUUCGUCAAAACCAGAUAUUAUUCAAGUUCCGUUGGGAGUUGGGGAUAAUUGGCGCUUGAAGAGAGAUUUGUAGUCUCUGAAUCGCUCAACAGCCAGGAAUCCUAGAGCUGUCUGAGCGACUCCCUUGAAGCACAGUCGAUGGAGGAAGUCUUCAGUGGUACAGAAUGUCACAACACUGCUCCUGUUUACGUCUUUGUGUGUUUAGAAUCAACAUACAGCUGACGAGUGAAUAAGACAUACACAGCACUCACAAUAAUUUUGGUUCAGCAGCAGGAGUCCAAGUAGUAGUACCUGACGGGAAAUAAAGGCCUCAGAUUGUAUUAACCUUCGCCAGUCUAUCGCAUACACGAUUCGAUAAGUUGGAGAAGAACCACUUCUCUUACGGCUGCGAAGCGAACAGGCAUUUAAGAAGUAGAUCAUGGCAGUGGGAUGGAAUAGUCAGAGACCUUCGAUUAGUUCCCGCCUAUCCUGUUUGGACUAAGAAUCUAUCGUCGGCUGGUAUGUCUCAGUAUGAAACCAUCCGUUGAUCAGAAGCCUUAAGUUGCCUGCUACUUGUAAUUCUAUUAUUCUAGACUGUACAUAUUUUUUUAACGAUAAUGUACAUAUGAUUACACAUCUUCCUAGAUUUAGAGGGAACUUUGUGGCAGCACACAAGAUCUUCAAGUACAAGUUACGGUUCAACGUGAAUGUAAUUUGUCAAUUCUCAAGUGGAAAACAUGGAACAACGGAACCGAUCUCAAUAUAAUUGCAAAGUAAUCACUCCGAGCGUAUAUUUCAGACAA